AUGGCGAUGACGCAGCAACCAAAUCUGGCGAGAUCGCGGUACAACGCCGCCUUUACCUCGUCGAUCUUCGAGCCGCCUCCUGCACCGGAUGCGGCGUCCUUCGUGCCAGCAGGAAAACGUCGUGACCAGACGACGGGAGAGCUGUUUGGCAACUACGACGAGAAGGACCUGCGCGCCAUGCCAAAGACUUUUGUUCCCAAGGAGGACAACAGGUCGGCCCGAGCUCGGAAGCAGCAGUUCCUUUGUUCCCAGGUGCUGCCUGCGAGCAAUUAUCCGGCUCCUGCACCACAGGCAAGAGAGCGGAAGCCCAAUGCAGGCUACGUCGAGGACGAAGAGGAUGAGUCUCGAGUAGACACAGCGAUGGUGCGGCAGAUGCAGUUGUCGUCGAACAUGUUCGGCCGGUCUGCUCCGGAGGUGAGCGCAGAGACCGUCCACGACCGUGGUAACCGGCUGAUGCCCAACGACUUCGUGUGGCACAGUCACCCAGAGAAGCCGCUGUCACCGACGUACAAAGAUGGGAAGACGCACGCCGACCGCGCCUACGAGCAGAAGUGCUCUCAGGUCUUCGAGUACCAAUCCCCUGAGGUGCGGAAGAUGCAUGCGGACCAAAAGCGCCAGGAGCGUCGGGAGAGCGGUAGUAGGCUGAGAUCCAGGGCCUUGCCUACGCCGUCUCGCCUGUUUGCAAUGCUUUUCCAAUGGGAACAGUUCUUCUGGAGCUACCUGGUCCUUGGGCCAUACCUCAUGACGUACUCCUGGUCCUUAAGUUUUUGGAUCCGGCUCUUCGCCGGCUUCGUUGCGCUUAGCCAGGCUAUGACUCAGGUGUUGCUCCAGCAGCCGAACCUCGCAGAUCCGGCCAAUCCGUUUGGCCACGUGAGCCAGAGUGCCAUCGGCCUUUGCAUCGGGACAGGGGUCAGUGGUGCGUUCUUCUGCGCCCUCUCGGAGCCAGUUGGUUUGCUGGUGCUACAGCUGUGGGGCGUCUACUCCAUCUACACUUGGUGGGUGGUGUCGGUUGACAACUACUCUCCGCCAUGGCAAAAGGAGCAUCAUUGGGAAGGAAUUUGGCACAGCCUUACCGGCGGUAACGAUUGUGUCAUCGCUAUCUACCUCCUUUGCUUGGGGAUGUUCCUGGGCCACGCAUGCGUGCGCUGGCCGCGGCAGCUUAGCCACUUUCUUGCUGGCGUCUCUGGUGCCGCAGCUGGGGCCCAUGUGACAGUCCAGGCCAUCUACUUCGUGUGGAGUGAGGACGGGAUCAACGGUGCGCUCGUGUAUGGGCUUUUGGUGCAGAAUCGCGUUCAAUGGUGCACUGCACGAUCUUCCUGCCAGAUCUUCUUUUACACCUUCUGGGUGCUGGUCAUCGUCAGCCUUAUCACACAGUACUUCGUGGCCAGCUUUGUCGGCCUUGCGCGGCCACACAAGCCUUUCGAGCCCAAGAAGUUCCGGCACCCCACAGAAGGCAACCCAGUGGCGACCAGCUUGGAAGAUGGACUGCCGAUGUCCGCGGAGGACGAUCAAGAUGACGAGAAGGAAGUGGACGACGCCAAUUGCCUCCGGAGGUGCUUCGGGAAGAGAGACCCGAAGAACACUUGGGCCGCCAACUUGGCCACGCCAAGUUCUGCGUGGAUCUUCCUUUUCUUCGUGGUGCUGCUGUCGUGCAUGGCAACUUAUGCCUUCACCUUCUUCGUGUACUGGGCGGAUGGCACCGAAACAAACUUUUUCAUCGGACUGGUCUACGUGGUUGCUAAUGCUUUCUGUCUGUGGAGCAUCAUCGAGUUCUUCCUGACCACCGUUUGGUUCCACGCCAUCCGGCUCAUUCUGGGCAUGCCACGGCUACCUCGCAAGGACUUUAGCAAAGGUCUGCCCAAGACUGGCCGCACCAUCUUGUCCUACUGCCUGCUGUCGAAACAGCAGGAGUCUUCGGAGGAUACCUUCCGGACCGCCCUGGCGGCCCACCUGGCCAACCUGGACCCCGAGUCCCGCAUCACGACGGCUGUGGUCUCCGUGUCCUCUGCGCUCUCCAUCGUGCGCUGUGAGAUGGACUGCCGAGACAAGUGCCGAGAGGAAAUCACGACGAUUCUGACGUCGGAAGUCAAUGCGCUGCUCCAGACCUUCCCCAAGGCUUUGGAGCAGAGCGACCCGGCCCUGCGGCUGCGCAGCGUCUGCAGCGCCCUGGAAACGGUGGGCAAGGCCUCCUGUCAUCGAGCCGAGUACUGGCUGCAAUGUCUGGAGUCGGACUGGUCUCACGCGCGCGGCUGCAUGGAAACCUUUACCGAGAAUCUGCACCUCCGAGUUGCGGAUGCGGCCAGGCACUUCCUGUAUCUGCACAGGAACUGCAAGAUCCUGAAAAAGCCGGGCCAGUACCAAGAUCUCAUGGUCCUGGCCUCCACGGGCAGCAACGAGGCCUUCACCUACCUCCACGAAGACUAUGGCGCUCUCGGGCGGAAGUUCCGAAGCCCUUGCUUUGGCUUCGAGGGAAACGUGGAGAACGACGGCCAGCCCGAGGAGUUCGAUGCCGCUUGCGAGGACUUGAAGCUGCGAGGCCGUGAGGACAUCAUGCUUGUAGCGGAGUACGGCCGGGAUGCAGACAACCGAUACUACUACACCAUGGUCCUGGACUCUGAUACGAUCUGCCCUCCGCGAAGCAUUCGCCGUCUUGUUGAGACGGCAGAGCAUGGACGCAACAAGGCCUACGGAAUCAUCAACGCCAACCUUGCCAACGACUACUCUGCUGACGACAGCUGCACCUGGCACAUGUGGAGGAAUGCCCUUAUGGAGGUCUCCACAGUGAAUCUGCAGCGCGGGCAGUUCUGGAUCUUCAACCGAGUGGGCUUCUAUGGCAAAGGCUUGGUCCGCAACGAUCUCUACAUCCCCCGCCUGAUCGGGCGGCCGGGAAGCGUCAUCGAGGCUCUUCCGAUCGACAUCCUCAGCCACGACACGGUCGAGGCCAAGUUGCUGCAGCCGGCGAUUGAUGUCGACGUGACGCUUUACGAGGAUGUGGCGAGGAACCCGAUCUCGGCGAUGUCACAGUCCACGAGGUGGAUGCUCGGGGAGGUGCGCAACUGCAGCUACCAUGCCAGCGGAAUCUACACACCCAUGGUGAAGGUGCUGGCCGCCGUUCAUUCCCUGGCCACGAAGUGGGAGCUACCCAAGAAGAAGUUUGUUCGCUGGCGCGACGUUCCCUGUGCCACCUCGGCAGAGUACCUUUCGCACACGGGCUUCCGCCUCUUCCAUGCAGGACCCGGUAUUCUUCUGAUCAACCUUUUCUCGACGGUUCUCGCAUCGAACAAUUGGGGGCUCCAACUGAACAUUCUGCCGCUGCUUGGGUUCUCCGCACUGCUCUUCACAGUGCUGGCACUUUUCAUCAUCCCCAAGGGCUUCCUCAUCUUGGACAAGUUGCCGUCUCUUCGCCUGGGCAAAUACUGCCUGCUUUCGAGGAAAGCCUCCAAGAUCGGAGAUGGCAAGUUCGGAGAUGUGGACGAGAAGGAUGUCUCAUCGCAGUUCCUAUCCAUCGGAAGCACAGAUGCCAGUGACAGCGACUCCAGCAAUUCCAGCUACAAGAAGGCGCGCUUUCGCUUGAGUCGCUGCUCUGUUCUCUCACGGCAGCUGGCACUUUCGGUGAUUGAGAUCGUGUUGUCCAUCCUCUUGUACUCUCCAGAGCUCAUCUUGGGUGUGCUGCGCGUCGGCCGCGCCGUCUGGGCGCAGUCCUCGGGCUCGGCGAACUGGAAGCCACAGGAUGCGGUCGAGCGCGAGGUAGAGCAGAACCUGUCGCUGUGGUACGUCUUUAAGAGGACUUGGAUAGUUUUCAUGUGCGGUGUCGGCUACAUGACAUACAUCCUCACUUUCGAGGUGAAGGACCUUCUGGUGUGGCUCAUAGUUGUUCCCUGGAUCCUCUACCCGCUCUCCACGUAUGCCAUGUGCCGACGGGUGCCUCAAUCGGCCAAGACCUGCUGGCUCUGGACUUGGGUGAUGGACAUCAAGGCUGCGGAGAGGAAUCUAUUGUGA